GCUGACCGCCGGGGGAAGCCCGGGGGAGGGAGCCGCGUUCUGGCUGCGCACUGACACGUGUCGGGGCGCCCAGGGCAGGAUGUACACGCUGCUGUCGGGCUUGUACAAGUACAUGUUUCAGAAGGACGAGUACUGCAUCCUGAUCCUGGGCCUGGACAAUGCUGGGAAGACGACCUUCCUGGAGCAGUCAAAAACCCGGUUUAACAAGAACUACAAGGGAAUGAGUCUAUCCAAAAUCACCACCACCGUGGGUCUGAACAUUGGCACUGUGGAUGUGGGAAAGGCUCGGCUCAUGUUCUGGGACUUAGGAGGGCAGGAAGAGCUGCAGUCUUUGUGGGACAAGUAUUAUGCAGAGUGUCACGGCGUCAUCUACGUCAUUGACUCCACCGAUGAGGAGAGGCUGGCCGAGUCCAAGCAGGCGUUCGAGAAGGUGGUGACCAGCGAGGCGCUGUGCGGUGUCCCUGUCUUGGUGCUGGCCAACAAGCAGGAUGUGGAGACGUGCCUCUCAAUCCCUGACAUCAAGACGGCCUUCAGCGACUGCACCAGCAAGAUCGGCAGGCGGGAUUGCCUGACCCAGGCCUGCUCGGCCCUCACGGGCAAAGGGGUGCGCGAGGGCAUCGAGUGGAUGGUGAAGUGUGUCGUGCGGAACGUGCACCGGCCGCCGCGGCAGAGGGACAUCACGUAGGCGCGGCCGCGCUGCCGUCGGGACGGCUGGUGCCCGGUGCUGGAGGAGCGGCCUGUUGGCUGCUCGUCUGGGGGGUGGGUUUGCUUUGCUUUGGGGUUCUUCCAUUUCCUUUGUUUUCUCGAAGACAAACUUUCCUCUACGUCUGGAAAAGUGUAGGCCUCGGAGGUUUUGGAGGGGAGUCUGGCCGCCCGGCUAACGCCCUCUGGCGGCAGCCUUUCCAUGGGGCGCUGCGGUGGCCUUUCUGGGCCCUUUCGGGGGGGUCUGAGGGAGACCUGGUUGGGAAUCGGGGCUCCAGUGCUCAGGCUGGCUUGGACUGCCUGGGGACAGCCCUGUGGGGCCUUUGGGAGAUUCCGUGGCUGCAUGUCCACCCCAUCGAGAAGGAGGCCAGUCAGCCAUGGUUGCCCUCUGGCUUGUGCCCCGUGACCCUGGAGGUGGUCUGGGGCUGAUCUUGCCUUGAGGAAGACCCAGGCCAUGUCCCCAAAGGCCAGCGGGGGCCCUGGAUUCUGAUGCAGCCUCGGGACAGAGCCGAGGAGGCCUGUGAGGGAAGACAUACACUCCGCACCUGAGCCUGGCUUCGCCUCAUCUUAAUCCCCUGGGAGGGAGCUGAUGCAAAAAAGCUGAGGGGGCCUCUGCUGGGAGUGGCUGUUUUUGUGCCCCAGCCCUGCAAGUGGGGAGUGUGUGUGGGGGUCCAGAGCCCUCUCCCAGCCAAGAGAGAACCUCCUGGAGGGGUUCUCUGGGGGGCCCUGUGUCAGUGCUGUGCAGGGCCUGCGUCCCCUGCUUGGGAGUAAGACUGAUCCUGGGGCCCUCCCUGCACAGCCCCCACUGGGCCUGCCGAGGGCUCUGUUCUUCCUCAGUCUGGCUGUGGGCAGGAGCCGCCUGCCCAGUGCUGCCCAGGAUGAGUGCAAAAUAAAGACAGCAAGUGUGGGUCUGUCCAUCCCUUCCCUCCUGGAGGGCUGAGGCUUGGCUCCUGGCUGUUGGACACGGUGACGGUGGCACUGGACUGCUCAGGGGCUGGUGGGCAGGUGAGGGGCUCCCCAGGUGGGUCUGGAGCCUGGAGAGUCCAGGCACUCCCUUCCUGCGGAUGUGGGAAGGACGUGGGGGGCCUGGGAGGAGCUGCUGGGAAGGGGCAUGAGUCAGGGUGGGGGUGGCACAGCAGCUGCGGGGCUGUGACUCACGGGAGUCGGGCCCUGGAAGUCCCCGCGUCAUCUCCAGGGGACCCUGUGUGUGUUUUGCAGGUUGGUUCCCAGGACCUAGGGGGCGGGGCCUCCAGCCACGGGAAACUGGCCACGCAGGGGAGUGUGGCUGGGGCGGGCCCCCAGUUGCUCUGGAUGCAUCUGAAGGCUUCAGAGCCUGCCCCAAAGGGGAAAAGCUUCACUUCCCAGGAAGCAUGGGAGGCCUGGAGGAGGUGUUUGGCAGGUCUCCUCUUGGGAAAUCCCCUGAGAGUUGGGAGUGGGAGGAAUUCAAAAGAGGGGGUUAGUGUGGGGCCCCGGCGACUGGGGCUGGCCUGAGCCCCGUCCUGUUCUUCGAGCAAUGAUACCCUCCCAGGCCUUGACCCUCCCUGAGCUUCAGGGGCCCCCGCCACGUGCCACAGUCAACGGGAGCGUAGAGGAGGCACUCCCAGUGAUCCUCCCUGGGAGGGUCUGAGGUAGGGGAAGCCCCGAGCAACAGUUCUGAUGGCAGCCUGAGGGAUCUGGGCACACCGGGCGGCUCAGGUGUCUGCGGCUGCCCUCCCAGUAGCUGUGCAACUACAACCAGUUUUAUGAAAAGGCUUUAUAAAAAUAAGCUUUAAGAAACCUCA